CACAGCAGACCGGUGGUGGUGGUGCUGUAAGGUAGGCUGCUGCUGCUGUAAACACCGCUAGUUCAGGGCCGUGUGUUUGGUGUGUGUGUGUGUGUGUGUGAGCGGACCGCUGUCCUUGGUGCUUUUCGACACGCGCCGCAGUCAAUCUCGCUGGGCUCGAGCUGAGGGGUUCGGUUACAGCAGUGCAGCUGGGCUGAUGGAGGCCUCCGGGACUCUGCUCUGUCUCCAGCCCUGCAGCUUCAGGCUCCGCGCGCUCAGGGCUGCUGUUGCUGCAGACUGGCCCAAGUUUCUGUGGUCAGGCUUGUGUGUGUGUGUGGUGGGGGUUACAAGCAGGACAUCAGCUGUCACCUAUCAGUGCUAAUCACAGAGUCAGAGAAGAGCUAUAUGUAGCCUUAUAGCUUUAUAUAUAUGUAUGCAGUAUAAACAGUAAGGCCUGAUCUUAUUGGACGAUAUAUGAUGAUCAAGAAAAUGAUGUGAUAAGCAGUAUUAUUCUCAUCAUAUAAUAAUGCAUACUGUUAUGCCAGUGAUAUAACAAUAAUAUUAUAUCAUAAUCACGUAAUUGUGCCGAUACACCCUUUUAAAAGAGCAAUGCACUUAAUUAUAAUAAUAACUUAGAAGAUUUAUACUUUUGUCCUUCACCUGUAGAAGUCCACUCAGUGUAUGCAGGUGCCGUUAUAGCAAAAAUAUUAUGUAAUUCGAAGUUUGCUUGUAUGUUAACAAACAUGCAAGGAAGCUCAAUGGACAUUAUCAAGGUCAUCAAAAAAUAAUUGAAGUCAUGUUCAUAUAUUACAUCAUAAAUCGAUAAAGUGAUUAUUGUGACAAGCCCAGGUAUAGCCUAUAUUGUGCUGCAGUAAAUGUGCACACCUGACAUAAACAAUAAUAAAAUGAAUAAUAAUGAUGGUGUUAAAACAACAUAAACAAUACCAAAAGCAUUAAGAAGGCCUUAUAUAUGUUCAAGAGAGAUAAAGACAUAAAGAUAUUUUCAACACAUUGAAACUGUUGUUAAUUUUAACAGCUGUAGUUAUAAAUAGAUCUAAUAUUUCUAGGAACAUUCUACUAUGACUACUACUUAUAUUAUUGACACUUCUACUAACAACUGCAGUAUCAUGAAGGCCAUGAUAUUAUGAAACAAUAAUAUUACAGUCAUAACAGCAAUAAUAGUAGGUAUAUUAGGUUUGCUUAGUAUGACUAAGCAGAUGUGGUAUACUACUUCUAUUAGUAUUGUUUCUAUAGUAACAGUUUUUAAUAAUAAUAAUAAUAAUAAUAACAAUUCUGCAAUAAAACUGCAGUGAUAUGCGGGUCUAAUGUGUGACACUGAGCUAUAAUAUAAUAGUAAUUCAUUAUUAAUAAUGAUAAUUACAGCAACAAUAAAAGUGUUUAAUGUUUGUGUUUGACAAUAACAAUCUGAAGAUCAACAUAAAAAGUUGGUCUAAUAUGUCUAUAGAUUAUUGUUAUAACAGGUAUGUUACAACAACAGCAGAACAAUAGUAAUAGUAAUAAAAAAUGGUCUUUUUAGUAUUUUACAUGGUGCAGUAGCUGUUGCAGGCCUGGAUGUGUUUUAGUCAUGCAUAUUGUGCACUUAACUGGUGUCAUGUGUUUGGUUGCUGUGAAAAGGCUUGAUUGAAUAACCGGCUCACAGUGGCAGUGUUUCUGUCUCCACUCUUGCCAUGGUAGCCAGUACUGAUCUUGUAUAAGGCGUGAAAAGCUGCUGGCUGAAACACUGCUCUCUUAAACAGCCCUACAAUAGCCUGUUUCCAGCAAAAUAGCUAACAAAACUGUUAAAGCAUAAGGAACCUGAGCAUUUCCCUCUGUCUGUAGAUAUACAAUACUGUGCAAAAGUUUUAGGCACCAAAGCAAAUUACACUAAUACAUUUAUUUCAGCAAAAAAAGCACCACAAAAACCUGGAAAAAGCACCACAUAUGAUUUGAUAAGAUGCAAAUAAUCAUAUAUGAAGUAAAACGUAACAAGAAUUUCUCAUGCAGAAACCGCAAUCCUAGCAACCUGUUGUACCCACCUAGUUCACUAAGUUCUCAGGUGUUGGUGCAUGGGGGACUCUGGAAUUGCCAUUCUGCAGUUCUGAAGGCUGACUUCAUCACAACUCUUGCCUCUGCUCAAUCUCUGGACUUCCUGGCUCUGACUGAGACUUGGAUCACUCCAGAGAACUCUGCAACUCCAGCUGCCCUGUCAUCUGCUUUCGCCUUCUCCCACUCUCCACGGCCAACCAGCAGGGGUGGUGGAACUGGCCUUCUGUCUCGUAAGUGGUCCUUCACUGUACUCUCUUUUCUGCAUCUUGACAUCUCUUCUUUUGAAUUUCAUGCUGUCACUAUCUCUUUUCCUGUCAAACUCCAUAUCAUUGUUCUCUAUCGUCCUCCUGGCCCACUGGGCAACUUCAUUGAUGAACUGGACACUCUCCUGAGUGGGUUACCGGUUGAAUCCUCACUUAUCCUCCUUAGUGACUUCAACCUCCCCUCAGAGAAACUACAGUCAUCCUGUCUUCUUCCACUUCUGUCUUCUUUUUCUCUCUCCCUCAAUCUGUCUGCUCCAACUCACAGAGCAGGAAACACUCUAGACCUUGUCUUUAGCAGACCUGCUCCAGCUCUGGAUCUAACUGUGACUCCUCUAGAUUUCUCUGACCAUCACUUCCUAUCCUUCACGCUCUCUCUUCCUGCUCUUCCUACAAACACAACCCCUUCAACUUCCACUACUCAUCGCAAUCUUCGUGCUAUAUCUCCCUCCUCUCUUGCCUCAACUAUCUUGACCACUCUUCCGAAUCCUGACUCCUUCUCUUCCCUCCCUCUGGAAACAGCUACCAACACCUUCCUCUCAUCUAUCACCUCUUCCAUCAACACUCUCUCUCCUCUUACUUCAAGGCCAGCAAAAUCCUCUCCAGCCACCCCAUGGCUGUCGGAUGUUCUACGCAACAACCGUAGAGAGCUAAGGCUAGCCGAGAGAAAGUGGAAAAAAUCUCAACAAUACUCAGACCUUUGCUCUUACCAAUCUCUCCUAUCCCGAUUUUCAACAGGUAACUAA